UACCGAGCCGGAGCCCACCCAUCCGCAACUCUCUCCCUCCACCCGCUCGCGCUCACGGCCGCCGCGAUGCCGCCAGCGCCACCGCCGCCGGUCCACCUCCGCCUCCGGGUCUCCCUCACCCAGCCCCACCCUCUCCCUCUCCCCUCCUCCCGCCGCCUCUCCUGCGUGACCUCCGGGCCAGCCACCGCUCGCCACCUCUCCCUCCGCCGCGGCAGCCGGCGCCGCGCCCCCGUGCGCGCCGCGCGGAGCGAGCCCGCAGGGGCGGAGGGGUUCGAUGAGGAGCUGGGCAGGCUCCUCGAGCUGCUCCCCGGGGAGCUUCGGCGGAGUGUGGAGGACCACCCGGAGCUCCCCGCGCUGGUGGAGGUGGUCAUGGACCUCGGCCGCCCCCCGCUCGCCCGCUUCCCCUCCGGUGACUUCCUCCUCUCCCACCGCCCCAUCUCCUUCGACGACCUCCACCAGGCCACUGCCAAGGUUGGGGAUUUCGGAGGGGACAAUCGCGCCGGGAUUAGCCGGACGUUGCACCGGAUCAGCGCGAUUAGGAACAGGCAGGGAGACAUUGUAGGACUGACCUGCCGCGUCGGGAGGGCUGUGCCCGGAAGUGCUAAUUUGCUUCAGGAUUUGGUGAAGGCUGGUGGGUCGUUGCUGCUCAUCGGCCCACCAGGGGUGGGGAAGACAACUGUCAUAAGAGAAAUUGCACGAAUGCUAGCAGAUGACUACGAUAAGCGGGUGAUGAUUGUUGAUACAUCCAAUGAGAUAGCUGGAGAUGGCGACAUUCCUCACCCAGGAAUAGGCAAUGCCCGUAGGUUGCAAGUGCCUAACCAAGAAAUGCAGCAUAAGGUGUUGAUAGAAGCUGUGGAAAAUCACAUGCCUCAGGCAAUCGUCAUUGAUGAAAUUGGAACUAAGCUAGAGGCUAUGGCUGCUAGCACCAUUGCACAGCGGGGGAUACAACUUGUUGCCUCCGCUCAUGGUGUAACAAUAGAGAACCUGACCAUGAAUCCUUCACUAGAUAUGCUUGUCGGAGGAAUACAGAGCGUCACCCUUGGCGAUGAAGAAGCAAGCAGGAGAAGGGUCCAAAAAACGGUCCUAGAGCGCAAGGGCCCGUCAACAUUCGCAUAUGCUGUAGAGAUUGUGUCAAAAACUGAGUUACGUGUCCAUCGUAGUCUGGAGGCUACAGUAGAUGCUCUGCUUGCAGGUAGAAUGCCUAAUGUUGAAAUUCGUAAGUUGGGUUCAACCGGCUCAGUGCAGCAGGAAGUUUCUGUGCAGAAGGAUCAAUUUCGUCGUGAUCCUUACAAAAUUGUGUCUCAAUUUGAAGUUGCUUCCUUAAGUAAUGCAAGAACAAGCUUGGACUCUGCAUUUAAUCUUGAUUCUGCCAACGGACAUAUAGAGAACUCUAAUGUGUCUGAAGCAGGCUUCAAUCUCUAUGUUUAUGGGAUAUCCGAGGAAAUUGCCUUGCAAGCGAUUAAACAACUGGAGCUGGAAGACAUGAUUACUUUGACUUAUAACAUCAGUGAAGCUGAUGCAGUGAUUGCUUUGCAAUCGAAGCUCAAGAAGAAUUCUCAGAUUCAGGCUUUGUUGAAAUCUGAAGAUUUACCGGUUUUCUUUGCUAAGACAAACUCCCUGGUGCAAAUUACCAGGGCACUUCGCGUCCUUGUCGAUGAUCACGUGGAUGGUUUGAUCGAUGUUGAAGAUAAGGAGGAAGUAAGAUCAUCAGAGGAAACCGAUGCCUUGGAGGAAGCAAGAUUGGCAGUCGAGCAGGUAGUGAUCCCGAAAGGGGAGAGCAUGCAGCUCCUGCCCAGACCAUCGACCAUCAUCUCCUCCCAAGUGAACCUCGUCGAAAGGUUCAACCUCAAGUGGGAAGUCACGGGACAGGAGCCGAACGCGUGCCUACGGAUCCUUCCGCAGUUCGCGGACAGGGAAGAAGUUGCCGCCUCGGAGCAAGAGACCUCCGAGACCGCACCCGGGCUCACAGAUUCAGAUGGCAGCUCCGACGGCAUGGACUAUACGCAGAGCGGUGUCACCAGGCUACCCUUCCUCCCAGAGUAGCAAGCAUAUCCUGCUGAGAGUUCCUUUGCCGUGUGCCCCUUCUGUACCUACUAGCUGUACAUUCCACUCCUUUCCUUUUUGCAGCCAUUCGCCGUCGCUGGUACCCUGGUAAAUUCUCUCGCAACAGAAAGCAACUCUGUUGGAUUACA